AAAUAGCCAAGAUGUUCGCGUGUGAUGUUUCCUUUAACAGCGGAAGUUUCCAUGUCUUGAGUAAAGGGGGCAGCCAGAGGCUGGUGGUAAACCUCAGAUCCUUGCCGAGAUCAUCUGUCCCUUCCAGGCAGGUGCAGCUAAGCAAGCUGUUCAAGAGCGGCCUUUUACUCUCUCAAAGAAGAAGCUGUGUGACGAGAUCCACAGAACAGGAAGUUAAAGCAGCGGAGACUUCUGAGGAGAGUAUCUCUGACAACUGGGUGCCAGUCUGCAGACCUGAAGAAAUUCCAAAAGGGUACCGGUUUGAAGUCAAGGCACAGGGCGUGGAUGUGCUUCUUUUAUGGUACAGGAAUCAGAUAUAUGCCAUUGAACAAAGAUCUCCAGCAGCCGGGGCAUACAGCGAGGGCUUCAUAAAUAGCAAGCUCACACAGGAAUAUGAGAUAGAGUGCCCCGACACCAAAUCCCUCUUCUCCCUCAAGACAGGAGAGAUCACGGCAUGGUACCCGACAAACCCAGUUCUGCGGCUGGUGACGCCACAGGACACAGUGAGGAAUUUGGAUGUGUACCCUGUGAAGCUGACACAGGACGCUAUCCUAGUGGAUGUCAGCGGUGCAGCCACAACAAAGUUCAAGUCGGCACGAGGCGGCUCCGACACAUCCAUUGACAACAACAAUGUGUUCUCCAUUGAGCCGCGUGUGUAUGUUGAGGGAAGCACUCCGGAUGGUGAGCUCUGA